AUGUUGAGCAACCCUAUCCUUCACCUCCUUCAUCUCCUUCCCGAAGAUAGCGUGAAAGUCCUUCAUAAAGAGCAUCUGCUCUUCCAACCAACGGGCGUGUUCCUCUUGUCCGCCCCGCAGCUGCUCUUCCAAUCGGCGUGCCUGUUCCGCCUGCUGGCGGGCCUGUUCCUCCUGCUGGCGAGCCUGUUCCUCCUGUCGGCGGGCCUGCUCCUCCUGUCGGCGAGCCUGCUCCUGCAGCAUCACCAUCAGAGCACCUAA